AUGGAAACUACCAAAAAAGAUGAGCUUGCAAGCUUUUUAAAUGUUCUGCCCCCUGUGGAUUUCUGUUGUGUUUAUGGUUCGACCUUGCACCCAAAUAACCAAGAUAAGUCUAAGAUGGUGGACUAUAUCCUUGGAGUUUCUGAUCCCAUGCAUUGGCACUCUGAGAAUCUGAAAAUGAAUUCAGAUCACUAUGCUUCAUGGAUGGUUCACCUUGGUGGAGCCAAGCUGAUUACGAAAGUUGCAGAUAAAGUAGGAGUUGGAGUUCACUUUAAUCCAUUUGUCAAUUGGAACGACAGGAAGCUGAAGUAUGGGGUUGUUCGGAUGCAUGGCCUAGUACAGGACAUACUGGACUGGAACAGAUUCUACUUGAGUGGCCGUUUACAAAAACCGGUUCAUUUGCUUGUUGAUAAUCUGGACAUAGAAGAUGUGAAUUCUGUUAAUAAGAGAGCCGCAGUAUCUGCAGCCCUUCUUCUUUUGCCAUCAAAAUUCACCGAGGAAGAUCUAUACGCCAAAAUAUGCAGCCUUUCUUACAUGGGUGACUUGCGCAUGUUUUUUGCAGAGGAUACUAAUAAGGUGAACAAGAUUGUGAAGGGACAAUUUGAUCUUUUCCAGUCAAUGUAUAAGCCUUUUCUCGAAGAGUGUGAGACCAAAAACUUGCUAAGAUUCUCAUCUGCUGAAGCUAGUCAAGCUAAAUUACUUCAGGACUCUAGCCUUUCAGCAUCACGCUCUCUAGUCUCUUCUCUUCCCGCAUCAGUAAGAAGUCAAAUGGGGAAGUUACUUGGAGAAAAGAAAAUCUUGAGUGAGACCGGUAGAGUUUUGGGAGAAGUUUGUAUAGGUUCAAGAGAAGAAGCAGCGAAAUGUAUGGAGAAGGUAUUGAAGCGAAGGGUAAUGGUUUCAAGCGCAAGGCAGGCGCUGUCUGGUUUCUUGGCUGCUGGAGCUGUUAAUGCAGCAAUAUAUCUUUCCCAGAAAAUGCGCAAAACUUGGAAUUCUCGGUCAUAA